ACGUCACUUCCUGCCGUUUCCCCGUUGUUUAUGCUCGGUGGCGAUGUGGACGCAGCCCCGAUGGGUGCCGGGUGGUGGUUCGGUCCCGGCGGUGCUGCUUCUCCUCACGGUGUGGGCACCGCUGCUACCCGGCGCCGUGGGGCCGGAGCCGUGUGAAGUGUGCAUUGGAUUUCUGGAGAGAUUUUACAACUAUUUGAAGGCACAGAAUGUGGAACUAACACCUGCACUUGUGGCAAAGGAGCUGAUGCUAAUGUGUGAACACACCAAAGGAAAGGAGAACCGGCUGUGCUACUAUAUCGGAGCAACAAGUGACGCCGCCACGAAGAUCAUGAAUGAAGUAGCCCGUCCCAUGAGUGCCCAUGUGCCUGUACCGAAGAUCUGUGAGAAGCUCAGAAAGACAGAUGCUCAGAUAUGUGAGCUAAAAUACGAUAAGAAAUUGGAUUUGAAUAAAGUUGAACUAUCCAAACUGAGAGUGGCCGAGCUGAAGAGAAUUCUGGACAACUGGGGAGAGAAAUGCUUAGCCUGUGCGGAGAAAAUCGAGUUUAUCAAUUUAAUUUUGGAGUUGGCUAAAAUGUACAAGUCUGAUGAACUGGAUUUGAACUCUGAUCUAUAAAGUCUCUGUAUUAUAAAUCUGAAACCCACCUGUUCAUUGUAAAUAAAUAUGCUGUAGAGAACAUUCUAUAAAGAAAAUAU